UUCACCAUCGAGUAGUAAAGUCAGAGUUUCGGAUAAAAAUAAUAAAAGUUUCACAAGUAUGUCUAAUGACCAUCUAAGAAGUGAAAUUGCUAGACGUGCUAUGGCAGUUGUUGAAGCAUAUGAAGAACUCGGAAAUGCCUGUAGAAAGGCUGAAUAUGCAGUUAGUCAACUUAAAGUUUCAUCUAAUACAACAACGUCAGGAAUUAAUGAUGAUACUAUGGUAGCUUCACUUUUGAUGUCUCUUACAAAUGCUUCUUGGGAACGUAAUACUAAUUCUGUUGAGAUUGAUAAAACCAAUAAUGAUUCAUCCAUUAUUACCAAUUCUCCUACUUCUUCUAAUCCUGGUGCUGUUAUGGGUUCUUUUGAUGGUUAUAGUCUUGAUGACGAUGAUGAAAUAUAUGAUCAAAAACAUGAUUCCUCAUCAGAGCAAGAUCUUGGCGAUGACAUAAAUAUGAUUGAUAAUACAUCUUAUGAUAAUAAAUCAUCACCUAUAAAUGAUUCUAAUUCUGAAAGUACUCGAAAACGAAGUUCAAGUAAUCGUAAUCGAACUCGAAGAAAACCUUCGGCUAGCAGAGUUUCAUCAUCUUCUUCUCCUUAUUCAACGCAAUUCACUCCAGAAGAAAUUUUAUUCCUGGAUGAAUUUAAUAAAUUGUACGAAAAAAGAGUUCAAUUAGGUCCAACUAGACAAAGUGAUAUUGCUUCCGAAAUCAGGCAAUUCGCUAAUAACGCUAUUGCGUUUGGACAACCUGCUGUCUCAGGGUUGGUUAGAAAGACUAAAGUACCUAAAGAACAAAGAGCUGUGAAUGCUUUGAAAGCUUGGAUUGAAAGUGGGAAGAAAAGAUUAGGUGUUGUAUAA